AUGCUGCAUUAUUUUGGUUUCGGAGCAAACACCAAGCCCGCCGAUGGUCCGGCAGUCAAGAAAGAGCCGGUCCGCGCGCUGCCAGCUUCAUGGUACAGCGACGAGAACUUCUACAAUCUCGAGCGACGAGCCAUCUUCUCCCGGAGAUGGUUGUUCAUGACACACCAAUCCCGCCUCAAGGGACCGGGAGACUGGCUUCGCUACAAUGUUGCUGGCUAUGACCUGAUCAUCAUCCGUGACCGUCAAGACAACAUCAACGCAUUCCACAACGUGUGCCGUCACCGCGCGUAUCCCGUCGUUGAGAAGGAAGGACAGGGAACAGCCAUGAUUUUGGCCUGCAGAUACCAUGGCUGGUCCUAUGGGUUGAAUGGCAAGCUGGCCAAAGCUACCGGAUUCAAGGACAUGGACAAGGCGGAGAAGGAGCAGAACGGUCUAUUCAAGAUUCACACCAAGAUUGAUACCAAUGGAUUCAUUUGGAUAAAUAUGGAUUCAAACCAAGAGCCGGAGGUGCCCUGGGAAGAGCAUUUCGAUGGCGUCGACAUCCAGGAGAGAUACAAGACGAUGAACUUCGAUGACUACGAGCUGGACCACACAUACGAGCUGGAGGGCGACUUCAACUGGAAGGCGCUGCAGGACAACUUCAACGAGUGCUAUCACUGUCCGACCACCCAUGCCGAUAUUCCCACAUUCCUCAACCUCGACUCCUUCGACAGCGACCUCAAGGACGGCCACAUCCAGCACCACUGCGAGUACACCCCGGAUCAGCUCGAAAGGGGGCUCAACGCCUUGAGCACCUAUUAUUUCCCUAAUACUUCAAUGACUAUCUCACCGCACUUCAUGAUGAUCCAGAAGUUCCUACCUAAUGGAGCGAAGAAGUCAUCCAUGCAUUACGAGGUUUUCCGCAACAAGCAUUCCUCCCAGGAGGACUUCGACGUCAUCAGCAAGACAUAUGCCAAGGUGAUGUCCGAGGACAAGGUGCUGUGCCACAACGCGCAAAAGAACAUCAACAGCGGGGUCUACGUCACGGGCCAGCUGCACCCGAAGCACGAGAAAGCCCCGAUCUUCAUCCAGGGGCUUAUCCGUGAGGCAGUCAGUGAGCACUUCAAACGCGAGAGGAUGGAGGGACAGGAGAUAUGGCCGGCGAGACAGCAGCUGCCAGAGAAUGCGACAGUGGCCAUGGAGGAUGUCGAGAUCUGUCAGGGGAUUGCGUGCGGAGUGCAGAAUGAAGAGCUUCUGGCUUGGUGA